AUGGUGUGGUACAUUGGGCGUGGGGCAGACAUUGAGCAAACAUCGGCAGCGGAAAUUUUCGAAAUCCAGAUCAGUAUCACAAACCCAAUUUCCAUGCUCGUUCAAACAGCUUGCCUUCAAGACCUCAUCCACAUUCCUCAAAUAGAUGAGCUUUUAUGCAGGCUAAGAUCUAACGAAGCCGCUUCUUCUUCGUCGUGGAUUACCGAUAAACUAAAUGGUCUUAGAGAUCUGUACAAGUUGGUUCAUAGUUUCCUUCAAUUGCCUAACACGCGGAAUUCCCUAGCCCAAAACUGCAAAGACAAUGAGUUGUUGAAUGGAUCUGUUAGGCUAUUAGAUGUGUGUGGCUUAGCCAAAGAUGCUUUGUUGCAGGCCAAGGAUGAUACCCAACAAUUUCAAUCGGUUCUCCCAAGAAGAAGAAGCGACGAUGCCGGGUUCGCAAAUGAAGCCAAGGCAUACUUAGCAUCAAGGAAGAAAGCAAACAAGUCUUUGAGAGAUUUAAAGAUCAGUAAAUGUGGCUUUGCCGAUGUUGAAGCUACAAUUAGCAUGUUAAGAGAUGUUGGAGUUACUUUCACGGUGCUCCAAUCGGUUCUUUCCUAUAUAACCGCGUCGAUGCCGGAACCGAAAUCGACCGGCUGGUCUUUGGUGUCAAAGUUGAUGCAGUCGAAGCGCUUAACAUGA